UGUGUCACGCGUGGAGCUGUGAACCAUAGGUUUGUGCGGGCCGACCACGCCCCAGCCCCGGUGUGCAGUGCACCAGGCUGGGUUACAGCCUGCGUACAGCCGCUGCAUCCGGGCACUCGACUUGGUUUCCAAGCGCUGCGAAGAUGGCGACGUCAGGGAGGAGUGCUUUAUUAUCCUCCACCUCAGCAGGACCUAAGAGCACCCUGGAUAACUCUCACCCGGAGGAGGACGAUGGGCAGGAUUUAUGGUCCACCAUCCUCAGUGAAGUGUCCACCCAUUCAAGAUCUAAGCUACCUUCUGGGAAAAAUGUCCUGGUCAUGGGUGAGGUGGGCUCGGGGAAGACAACCUUGGUUGCAAAGCUGCAGGGUGUUGAAGAGUACAUGAAAGGACGAGGCCUGGAAUAUCUCUACUUCAAUGUUCAUGAUGAUGACAUUGAUGACCAAACCAGGUGUAACGCCUGGGUGUUAGAUGGAGAUCUUUACCACAAAGGGCUGCAGGGCGUCGCAGUACCACUGGACUCCCUCAGCAACACGUUGCUGAUGAUAACGGUUGACAUGUCGCGGCCUUGGAACGCCCUGGACUCUCUGCAGAAGUGGGCCUCUGUCGCUAGGGAACACAUCGAUAAACUCCGAGUCGCUCCAGAAAUGCUGCGGGAGCUGGAGCACAGACUUGUAAAACAGUUCCAGGAGUACACAGAGCCCGGCAGUGUGGAGGACGGUACUCCACAGAGAAGGAGUGAUGAAGAGGAGAGUGUGCUUCUACCGUUGGGAGACAACACACUCACACACAACCUGGGUAUUCCAGUGGUUGUGGUCUGCACCAAGUGUGAUGCAAUCAGCACAUUGGAGAAGGAGCACGACUACAGAGACGAGCACCUCGACUUCAUCCAGUCACACAUCAGGCGUUUCUGUCUGCAGUACGGAGCGUCUCUGGUUUAUACUUCAGUGAAGGAAAUGAAGAACCUGGACAUUCUCUACAAAUAUCUGGUCCACAGACUCUAUGGUUUUCCCUUCCACUGCCCUGCACAGGUGGUGGAGAAAGACGCCGUCUUCAUUCCUUCAGGAUGGGACAAUGAGAAGAAGAUUGCCAUUCUACAUGAGAACUUCCAGAUGGUGAAAGCGGAGGACAGCUUUGAGGACGUCGUAGUCAAACCGCCUGUCAGAAAGAUCGUACAUGAGAAGGAAAUUCAAGCAGAAGAUGACCAAGUGUUUCUGGUCAAACUGCAGUCGCUGCUCGCCAAACAGCCGGCUGCGACAGCUGGUCGACCCGUGGACACCACGAGCCGAGCGCCCACUGGUUCUCCCAGGACGAGUAAUCGCUCUGCCGCUGCCAACGUGGCAAACACCAUGCCACAGUCAGGUCAGACCAGUGAGGGUGUGUUGGCAAACUUCUUCAACAGUCUACUGACAAAGAAGUCGGGAACAGGGCCCCCUGGGACGCCAGGUGGUAACAACACUCCGGGAACUGUGCGUAAGUCAGGUUCCAAGCUGGGCCUGAGUGACGUACAGGCAGAACUGGACCGCAUUUCCAGCCGGGAGACUGACUCAGACUUGACCAAUGCCAACGAUACCCCCGCCACAGAUGGCCAGGACACAUGAAGACCAACACAUUUCACCCCACUCCCCUUCCCCGUUUCUCAGCCACCUUCCACUUCCCUCGUCCUUCCUUCUUUUGUCCAGCCUCAGCACUUUCUCCGUCAUGAAGUUGUGGGAGAGGAAGGGGAAGCGGAGGGGUGGAGACGCUGUGUUUCCCCCGUCCUCUUUUCAUUUCUACUGAGGAUGAAGAUAAAGAUGUUGCUCUCUUUCCCACUAAAUCAUCCCCUUUACCCUUUAGUCCCACCCUUUCCUCUCCUCUCCAUGUCUCUUACACUGAGGGCAAGUAUCUGUCACUGUCUGGCUGUCUGUUACAUGAGGGCAAAUGGGUGUGGGGGCCAUGAGUGAGUGAUUGUGGGAUCAGAAGGAGGGAGGGAGGGAGUGUGGGAUAAAAA